GAAUUCAUAAUUGAUGCCAACUUCAUCCAUGGCGGAUGAACUCAAUUCAGCAACAGAUCUAGCAAUUGGAUCAGGAUCAGGAUCGGUACAGCUAAUCGAUUAUCAUCAUCCUUUGUAUCUGAGUGCGUCUGAUGGACCAGGUUCAAUGCCAGUGGGAAUUCAGCUUGUCGGAAUGGAGAACUACAUGCUGUGGACUCGAGCAAUGAAAAAUGCACUCAUAGGGAGAAACAAAUUGGGAUUCGUAGAUGGAUCGAUCACUAGAUCAACAUAUGGAUCAGCGUUAGGACAUUUUUGGGAUCGCUGUAAUGCAAUUGUGGUUUCGUGGUUGACCAACAAUGUUAGUCGAGAUCUACUGAGUGGGAUCUUUUUUCGUUCAGAUGCCCAUCUGAUUUGGAAAGAGCUUGAAGAGAGGUUUAAUAAAAUCAAUGGUUCGAGGUUAUAUGCACUACACAAAGAGAUUUUCACAUUAACACAGGGGACACAUCCAGUCUCUGUUUUCUAUUGCAAGCUUAAAGAUCUAUAGGAUGAGUACGACUCGAUGAUGCCUCUUUCUGCGUGUAACUGUGAGAAGUCAAAGGAAUACCUUGCUCAGCUUCAAUAUCAGAGGCUACUUCAAUUCAUGAUGGGGCUAAAUGACAGUUACAAUCAAGCUCGAAGCCAAAUCCUCUUGAAAUAAAAAAUGUUGAGUGUUAACCAAGCAUAUGCUCUAAUUGUGCAGGAUGAAGGUCAAAAGUUGGCUGCUAUCAGUACAUCCAGUUCACAUGAAGGAGGAUCAUCUGUUUUUUUCACUUCGAAGAGCUCAAGAUCUAAGAAGAAGAACUGGAACUCAGUAUGCGAUUUUUGUCACGUGAAAGGGCAUGUGAGGGAGGAUUGCUUCAAGCUAAUGAAGUGUGAUCACUGUGGGAAAACAGGACACUUAAUUGGAAAAUGUUACCAAUUGAUAGGGUAUCCAACUGAUUACAAGGUUAAAGGAAAGAAUGUUCAAGCUAAUCAUGCUAAUGUUCAGCAGGAGGGACUGAUGAAUGUUCGUGAAGAUGAUCAGUACAAGGAAUUCAAAGAAUAUAAUCUAUGGAAGCAAAUGGGAUAAAACUUCUACUUCUGGAACUAGUGGAGCUAGUGCUA